AUGGCCAAGGAUGCCGAUGAUCCAUACAACCACUUUCUCACCCGCUUCACUGGCCAAUCAACUGCCAAACCCCACCGGCGAACCCCGUACAACCUUUGGUGUGAAAUUCAUGGCAAAGAUAUUGAACAGGAACUUGAGACGAUGGUCAAUCAGGGUGAGUUAACAGAAAAGCAGAAGCCAGGGAGGUGUCAGAAGAUGCGAAGCGACCGCUACUGUGACCUUUCAGAGGAGGAACGGGAUGAGUGGCUGCAGAGGAGUGAGCAGGAGCAUGCAACUGCUAUGGAGGCAUGGAGGGCUGGAGGGAAUGGGAAGGUACCUGAUGAUCCCCUCGACAUUCAGAAAUGCAUAGACCGCCUUCCUGAAUUCAUACAGCCAAUCAUCGAUAUUGUGGUGGAGUGUACGAGGGGAAAGUUGGUGUUGCUAUGGGGAGGGCCUGAACCUCGAGACGGUGGGCAUCUCAAUGUCGUCAGCAUAUGUUCGGGAACAAUGCUGGGUCCCCAUUGA